AUGGCGACGAUGGCUGGGGAUAUGUCACCGAUCCCCUACAAAGAGCGCCUCAUCGCGUUCAUCAUCUACGUGCCCCUCGAGGCCAUCAUGCUGUCCACAAAUCUGCUCAUAGUUCUGGCCAUCGCAUUUAUUUACGAUGGUACCGCCCUCUGGCCACUUUAUAAAAUUGCGAUUGCCUGUGAUUAUAUAAUUUUUAAGGUCGGCGUACUUCUCGUGCUCUUCGCCACCGUGAAUACGACAACUAUAUUCCGGUUCCCGCAUGUGAAUGAGAAGGUUUUCUCGGGCCGAUCUUUGCACGCGCUGCUGCUUGCGAUCUGGGUGCUCGGUGUCAUCGAAACCUGCAUUGAGACGUUUACGGAUUGCCCGAAGGGGUUCAGGGCUAAGGGCAACUUGGAAAAU